AUGAGUGAACAACGUGAAAUUAUAAAAGCAAGCUGGUUACAGCACGUAGUACAUAAAAAAGGUGGCACUUUACAUCGUAAAGCGAAAAUUCUAUAUGAAGAAGGGAAGUGGGUCGUAUUAUGUGUUCACAGUGGUCGUAUACCACUUUUGGAAUGGUACUUCUCAGAAGAAUAUGUGCAUGGACAUAGACCUUCGAAAGUAAUCGAUUUGUUAGGUUCGUCUUUUGUAAGGGUCAUUAUGAGUGACCCAUCCAGACGCAGUUUCAUGAUUGGUUUUGUGGAUUGUUCACGUGAUGCCAUUGAGCUUUCUGCUUUGACAAUAGAAGAUUGUGAUGAUUGGAUUCGGUCAACAACAUCCGCCCUCAUGCGAUUAAAAUGUUUGACGGAAUCAGUAAAUCUCUAUAUUUCAGUACCUGAUUUUGCAUCUGAAUCAUUAAGAGCAACUGAACAGUUUCUUCAUGAAGAUGCUCAUCUUAACGAGGUGCCUGAAGAACUGGCCUCAUCAAUUUCUGCUGCAAGAAAUUCAAAUUAUGAACGCAUUAAGUUUUCAUCAUCAACGCAACUGUUUGGGAUAUCACAUUUGCCUCGUACGCUAAACGCUGAAGAGAAAAAAGCGAGGAAUCAUAGAGUGAUGAAGACUCUACCUCCACUCCCGCCCCGUAAUAUUUCGUUUUCAGAAGUUCAGGUUCUUAAGACUAGUGCAGAACGUUGCUCAAUAUAUGAUCAUCCAAAGAAUCAUACAUCCAUAUCGUUUGGCGAUUCAUCGGUUGUAGAAGAACGUGCGGAAGACGUUUCAGCUAAUCCGGGAAAUUCUAUCACUUUGGAGGAACCGACAUUACUGGACACUGAAAUAACACCGGUGAGUUUGUAUUCCGAAUCGGUGAAGCGUGGUUAUUCUGUCCCAACUGGAACCUUGAAUGCCAGUAUAGCUCACUCACGCCGUAUUACUGGAAGUGAUUCGUCCUCACUGGAUUAUGACUCUCUUUCUGGUUCGAUUAGUCGGAUUUUUCCAAUCACAAACAUUUCACUACAAAAGACCCAUUCAACUUAUAAGGAAAACAGCAGUGGAAUGUUAGCUGAAGAACAGAAUCAGUCACAAAUCACCAGUAAUAGUGGUAUUUCAAGUGGUUUGAGAAAUUUAACAGUGCAACCCUUCAUAUGUAUGCAGCAUAUUGCUUACAUAGAUUUCGGUGGGAAAGUGUGGAUAACGGGUUGGACUGCAAUAGCUGAAAAGUAUCUUACCGAUCAAUUGUUUAUUGGUGAUCAACUUGUACGAAUUGCUGAUGUUGACAUAUACAGCACACAACAAAUUCCACUCAUUUUCGGCGCUACAUCUAAAACAGGGUUCUCGGUAAAUAUUGCCAUUCAGCGAGUGCCUUACGGGACAAUUUACACAUUACAGAAAACGACGCAGAAAUUUGAAACAGGCUUAAUGUUGGAUAAACGUAAAAAUAAAUUGGCUGACGUUCUUGAGGGGUCACCAGCAUGGAAAGCCGGUAUUCGGCCUUUAGUUCCAGCAGUUACACGAACAGGCACAACUCCUGCUUGCAUUACUUGUGUAAACAGACAUAGUUUGAAUAUAUUUUCGAAAAAUGAUGAAGUUCUCAGACAGAUCGAUACUUUACCUUUGUCUAUUUUUACUGUCAUUGUGCAACCCUAUGAUUUUGUCAAACUUCUGAAAAGAAGUUUAAAGAAAUUGAAAAAUGUCAGCGAUUUCGUUCACAAAUUCCAAACACAAUCACUGCAUUGA